GCUCUUCAUAAACUAGUUCGUCCUCUCAUUUCUUAUCAUCUUUCUCUGUCUUCAUCCACCAAACCCACACCUCAAAACUAAGAAGAUGUUGGGUCAGCUCUCCCAUGAGGCGGCAAUCCAGGCAUCAGCCACCGUCGUAUGGCAGCUCUACGGAGGCCUCGAACUCGCACGAUUGGUUGAAAACCGCCUCCCGAACCUUAUCAAGAAAAUAGAGGUGGUUGAAGGUGAUGGAGGAGAAGGAACUGUUCUUAAUAUCAUUUUCCAACCAAGUUUAGGUGGUGCCCCAGGCUAUAAGGAGAAAUUCACAAAAAUAGAUAAUGAGAAUCGUAUAAAAGAGACCGAAGUGGUGGAAGGAGGGUUCUUGGAUAUCGGGUUUACUCUCUAUAGGGUUCGCUUGAAGAUAGUUGAAAAUGGUGAUGAUAGUUGCAUUGUUGAAUCCACCAUUGAAUAUGAUAUCAAGGAAGAAGAUGCUGCAAAUGCCUCACUUGUUUCCAUACAGCCUCUCAUAGACAUUGCUCAAGCAGCAAAUGACCAUCUACUUCACAACAAACAACAUAAAAAUGUUUAAUUCAUGAAAUCCAUUAUUAUCUUUACUCUUUUUUCUACAAUAAACUCAAUUUAUUUCAGUUUCUUGUGAUCUUGCAUGUUCAUGAACAAAUGAGAAACGUUUUUAAAUAUUUGUUUU